UUGAAUCUUCUCUAGUCGUUCCAGGCAGAGGGACAACUUCAGGGUCUCUGGGGCCUGGCCCAGGAUCCUUUACCCAAAUCCUCCCGGGCGAUUUAUGAGAAUCCGGAGCGAGAUACUGGCUGCGGGCGCCUGGCAGGACUCAGGCGCGCCUCCAGGUCUUGUGGAGCGGUGGCACUUCUCAAAGCCCACUUACAGAGCUCCAGGAGCUUUGGGAGUCAGAACUACCCCAAGGCAAGGGCUUCUGGAGAGCUGCUACCUAGCCUGGGGCUUGAAAGAGGGAGGCAUGCCUUUUCAGUUGCACCUCAGAAGGGGAGAGUUCUUUUUCAUCACCAGAAAGGCAACAAACCUGAAAUGUGACUAUUCAAUAGCUGGGCAAAAUGUCUGGGAGUCUCUGGACUGAUAGCUUAGAAUAUGCUUAAAAGUCAGUGCAUUCUUUGGGAAAUUGAAGGACCAGCUGCUUGUUGUGACAGUGGCCUGGAGCAAGGGAAUCAUUAGAUAGUUAUAAAAGGCAAGAGGGACUUUUCCUAGGGUCUGACUUGGAUUGCCAAGGGCAGGCUCCUGCCACGCAUUUCUUGUAGUCUUCUGAUGGAAUGCUGCUGAGGUCCCCAACUCCUGGGGCUUUUGUAAGGGACUGCUUGGUAAGUGAGAACUCCUGCCCAGGAACUUGAGGGGUGUCAGCCCCCUAUGUACUCUCCUUCAGGAAGAUGAAGACUCUGAACACCUCCACCAUGGAUGAGGCUGGGAUGGUGGUGGAGAGGGACUUCUCCUUCCGCAUCCUCACAGCCUGUUUCCUGUCACUGCUCAUCCUGUCCACACUCCUGGGGAACACACUGGUCUGUGCUGCCGUCAUCAGAUUCCGACACCUACGAUCCAAGGUGACCAACUUCUUUGUCAUCUCCUUGGCAGUAUCGGAUCUUUUGGUGGCCGUGUUGGUCAUGCCCUGGAAAGCAGUAGCCGAGAUUGCCGGCUUCUGGCCCUUUGGGUCCUUCUGUAACAUCUGGGUGGCCUUUGACAUCAUGUGCUCCACCGCAUCCAUCCUUAACCUCUGUGUGAUCAGCGUGGAUAGGUACUGGGCCAUCUCAAGUCCCUUCCGGUAUGAGAGGAAGAUGACCCCCAAGGCAGCCUUCAUUCUGAUCAGCGUGGCUUGGACCUUGUCAGUACUCAUCUCCUUCAUUCCGGUGCAGCUUAGUUGGCACAAGGCGAAACCCACAAACCCCUCAGAUGGGAAUGAGACUUCCCUGGUCGAGACCACAGACAAUUGUGACUCCAGCUUGAGCAGGACAUAUGCCAUUUCAUCCUCCCUAAUAAGCUUUUAUAUCCCUGUGGCCAUCAUGAUUGUCACUUACACCAGGAUCUACAGGAUCGCCCAGAAACAGAUAAGGCGUAUCUCGGCCUUGGAGAGGGCAGCGGUCCAUGCCAAGAAUUGCCAGACCACUACAGGUAAUGGAAACCUUGUGGAGUGUUCCCAACCAGAAAGCUCCUUUAAGAUGUCCUUCAAAAGAGAGACGAAAGUCCUGAAGACUCUGUCUGUGAUCAUGGGGGUAUUUGUGUGCUGCUGGCUGCCUUUCUUCAUCUUGAACUGCAUGGUGCCCUUCUGUGGGUCUGGAGAGACCCAACCCUUCUGCAUCGAUUCCAUCACCUUUGAUGUGUUUGUGUGGUUUGGGUGGGCAAAUUCCUCUUUGAACCCCAUCAUUUAUGCCUUCAAUGCUGAUUUUCGGAAGGCGUUUUCAACCCUGCUAGGAUGUUACAGACUUUGCCCUACAACCAACAAUGCCAUAGAGACGGUCAGCAUCAAUAACAAUGGGGCUGUGGUCUUUUCCAGCCAUCACGAGCCACGUGGCUCUAUAUCCAAGGACUGCAAUCUGGUGUACCUGAUCCCACAUGCCGUGGGCUCCUCCGAGGAACUGAAGAAGGAGGAGGGAGGUGGAAUAGCCAAACCCUUGGAGAAGUUGUCCCCGGCCCUCUCUGUCAUAUUGGACUAUGACACUGAUGUGUCUCUGGAGAAGAUCCAGCCCAUCACGCAGAACGGACAGCAUCCAACCUGAGUGCGGCAUCACUCGUGCCCGACAUGCUCAUCCCCAAAGCUAGAGGAGACUUCUUGGGGGCUUGCUGUAAAGAAACUGAGGUGAGGUGAACACUGAGAUGUCAGGCAAGCCCUCCUCUGCUGCUUUUUCUCAACACACCACUAUUUUCAAAUACAUUCCAGUGUGUUUUCUGUGUGGCACAGAGCGAAUCAACGAGGGGCCCACGGGAAGCUGACAUUCACAAAGGACGUGUCUUUGGCUCCAACAUUGUUUUUAGAAACUGAUUCUUGUUUUAGGACUUAACAUAUAGGGCAGAGAAUCAACAAUGAACAGCUUCACUUAAAAAAAUUAAACCUUUCCGAGAAGGAAAUGAGAAGGGUUGAGUUUGCUGUGUACAAACAGGUGCUAACUCUGGUCCGAGCAAAGUUUUCAAAUUGUAAAGGUAGGUGCAUGCCUUCAUAAAUUAUUCCUGAAAAAUAAUUGAGCCUUACAGUAGGAGGGAUUUUUUUUUCAGAAUUGAGAGAUGCUUUGUUAAUAUUGGUUUUAUUUAUUUAUUGUACU